UCAUUGUUUUUCUAUGUUGGAAGUUUACCCCCCUACAGAUUAUAGAACCUAAUUAAUAAUACUUUAAUUCUCCAGUGGCAAAUCCGUAAUAUCACGCAAAAUCAAGCCCUAUCUAAUACUAUACGCUUCAUCCAUUCAUCACAUAUAUAAGUUGCAUGUCUUCGUUCCUUGUCCACCAGUGAAGUCCGUUGCAAUGUGCCGGCGAAAUUAACACGCUUACAAAAUGACCAUUUUACCCUUUACCCACCUUGUACCUCUCCUCUUCUUCUUAGCCGCCUCUUUGCCCUUUUCUGUAAUUUCGCAGCUCGAUGAACGGUCAACGCUUCUACGCCUGCAGCUCGAGCUCGGAGACCCACCGUCUCUCUCGUCAUGGGGCAACAAAUCCUCGCCGUGUGAUUGGCCGGAGAUUGAGUGCUCCGGCGGAAAUGUCACCGGAAUCAGCUUCUACAACUUCAACUUCACCGUUCCGGUACCUGGUUCGAUCUGCGAUUUCCCGAACCUGAGGUCCCUGGAUCUGUCGUUCAAUUAUUUUCCCGGCCAGUUUCCGACGGUUUUGUACAACUGCUCGAAACUUCAGUACUUGGAUCUCUCGCAGAACAUGUUCGAAGGGCCGAUUCCCAGUGACAUCAACCGCCUCUCCGGCGAACUCGUGCACCUCGACCUGGCGGCUAACGGGUUUUCCGGCGACAUCCCCAAGGCGAUAGGAGAGUUGUCGAAGCUCAAAGUUCUGAACCUGUACCAGAGCGAAUACAACGGUACGUUUCCGACAGAGAUUGGGGAUCUGUCGGAGCUCGAGGAGCUGCGGUUGGCGUAUAAUGACAAGUUUCUACCGGCGAAGAUUCCGGCGGGGUUCGGGAAGCUGAAGAAGCUGAGGUAUCUGUGGUUUACGGAGAUGAAUCUGAUCGGAGAAAUCCCAUCCGUUGUUUUCGAGAAUCUGACGGCUCUGGAGCACGUUGACUUGUCGGUAAACAACUUGACGGGCCGGAUUCCGGAAACGAUAUUCGAGCUGAAGAAUCUGACCCAUUUGUAUCUGUACGCCAAUGAUUUGAUCGGAGAAAUACCCAGAUCGAUUUUGGCCAUGGAUCUGGCGGAACUCGAUCUUUCGGUGAACAAAUUGAACGGUACUAUUCCAGAAGUUGUCGGAAACCUGACCAAACUGGAGUUGUUGAGCCUCUUCAAGAACGAGCUUACCGGCGGAAUACCGGCGGGCAUCGGGAAAUUUCCGGAACUGAAGAUUCUGAAGCUCUUCAGCAACAAGUUGACCGGAGAAAUACCGGCGGAUUUGGGGUUUUAUUCGAAACUGGAGAGGUUUGAGGUAUCAGAGAACCAGUUGACCGGAAAGUUGCCGGAGAAUUUGUGCAGAGGAGGUAGCCUACUCGGAGCCGUCGUCUACUCCAACAAUCUCACCGGAAAAAUCCCACAGUCGCUCGGAAACUGCAGAACCCUCCUCACGAUUCAGCUUCAGAACAAUCAGUUCUCAGGCGAGAUUCCUUCCGGCAUUUGGACUUCUCCCGAGAUGCAGUGGUUGAUGGUGAGUCACAACUCGUUCUCCGGUGAGUUGCCGGAGGAAAUCGCGUGGAAUAUGACGAGGAUGGAGAUCGACAACAACCGGUUCUCCGGCGAGAUUCCACGGAAGAUCGGCUCAUGGUCAAGUCUAGGCGUGCUCAAGGCAAGCAACAAUCUGUUUUCCGGCAAGAUUCCGUUGGAGUUAACGUCUUUAUCUAAUCUCUUGACCCUCUCUCUUGACGGGAACCAACUUUCCAGCGAGUUACCGGCGAAAAUCAUCUCGUGGAAGUCGUUGAGCAGUCUGGAUUUAUCCGACAACAAGCUUUCCGGCAAAAUCCCGACGGCCCUCGGAUCAUUGCCUAACCUCAUUAGUCUGGACCUGUCGGGAAACCAAUUCUCCGGUCAUAUCCCGUUGAAGAUCGGCGAUCUGAGGCUCACAAACCUCAACUUGUCAUCUAACAGACUGUCCGGGAGAAUCCCUGACCAGUUUGACAAUCUCGCGUUCGAGAAAAGUUUCUUGAACAACUCGAAUCUUUGCGCAGACGACCCGGUUAUCAGAUUACCGGAUUGCAGGCGGGUGCUCGGAAGCUCAAAAGGGCUGCCGGGGAAAAUCCUCACCAUGAUUCUAGUAAUCACCAUUCUGGUUCUCGCCAUCACCCUGCUUGUCACGUUCUUCGUCAUCCGGGAUUACAGCAGGAAACGCCGAAGGACUGAUCUUGAAUCGUGGAAGCUAACUUCGUUUCACCGACUAGAUUUCUCGGAAUCCGAAAUCUUAUCAAACCUCACGGAGAGCAACGCAAUCGGGAGCGGCGGAUCAGGGAAAGUCUACAAGAUUUUCAUCGGCUCCUUGGGCCAAAGCGUGGCAGUGAAGAGGAUAUGGAGCAGUGAGAAGCUGGACGAGAAGCUGGAGAAGGAGUUCAUAGCAGAAGUUGAGAUUCUCGGAACGAUCAGGCACACAAAUAUCGUGAAGCUCCUGUGCUGUAUUUCGAGCGACGAUUCUAAGCUGCUAGUGUACGAGUAUAUGGCGAACCAAAGCCUGGAUCGAUGGCUGCAUGGGAAGAAGAGAGGUGCAGAUACUUGCUUGGAUUGGCCAACUCGGUCACGCAUCGCCAUUGGAGCAGCUCGGGGACUUUGUUAUAUGCAUCAUGAUUGUUCUCCUGCGAUUAUACACAGAGAUAUCAAGUCCAGCAAUAUCUUGCUGGAUUCCGAUUUCAACGCUAAAAUAGCCGAUUUCGGGUUGGCCAAGAUGCUGGUAAAGCACAAAGAAAGAGAACAUCAUACCAUGUCCGCUGUUGCCGGAUCCUUUGGCUACAUAGCUCCAGAAUACGCAUAUACAUCAAAGGUGAAUGAGAAGAUUGACGCAUACAGCUUCGGGGUAGUCUUGUUAGAACUUGUGACGGGAAGAGAAGGGAACAACGGGGAUGAGCAUACGAACCUGGCGGACUGGUCGUGGAGGCAUUACCAAUCCGGGAAUCCAAUUCCAGACGCGUUUGAUCCAGAUAUCAAAGAAGAAUUAUCAUCCUACAUAGAGGAGAUGACAACAGUGUUCAAGCUAGGGCUAAUGUGUACAAGCACAUUACCGAAUCACAGACCAUCCAUGAAGGAGAUUCUUCGCAUCCUGCAUCAGAGUUGUCUUCAAGAAGGGAGUGAUCUGCAAAAGAUAGGAAAGGAGAAACAGGACACGCCUCUGCUCAUCAGCCUUUCUGGUCGGAGAGAGAGUAAACGUGUUGAAGCUGGAGAUUUCUUCAACUCCCCCGUGUAAUGUAAUGUAACGUUUCUGUCCUGUACAAUGAAUAAUCAGUACACAAGAUCUAUAUCAGAGAUAGAGACAGAGAUUAGAUAAUGUAAGGUGUUUGAGCUUUAUAGACUUCAGAAUGUAAUCUACACAAUAGUAAAGUUAUAGAGAAUGUACACGAUCUCUCUUGACUC